AUGAGAAGACAGGGAAACAGAAUCCACGAGCAACCACUGCGAGCCCUCCGAAUCGCCGGUCCUCCUCGCGCCGCCGUGGAAGCCCCUCGCAACCGCACGCGGCCAACAGCACCGCCGAAUCCAUACCGCCGCGGCACUCCUCCGUUCGCAACCGAACCCAGCCACCCACCGCUCCGUCGAUCUACGCUUCAUCAUCGAAGAGCACAUCCGCCGCGAACCAAUGCGUCCAUGCCUUCAGACCCGUCGAUUCGAUCCGCCCUCUUCCGGAAGAACAAAGGAAGAAGAAUGAGAAGACAGGGAAACAGAAUCCACGAGCAACCACUGCGAGCCCUCCGAAUCGCCGGUCCUCCUCGCGCCGCCGUGGAAGCCCCUCGCAACCGCACGCGGCCAACAGCACCGCCGAAUCCAUACCGCCGCGGCACUCCUCCGUUCGCAACCGAACCCAGCCACCCACCGCUCCGUCGAUCUACGCUUCAUCAUCGAAGAGCACAUCCGCCGCGAACCAAUGCGUCCAUGCCUUCAGACCCGUCGAUUCGAUCCACCCUCUUCCGUUCAUCACGGCCGCCGUCGGACACCCACCACCACUAG